UCAGCGUACUGUCUGUGUGUUCUUCUUUUGUCCUAGUAAAGUUAGAAUAUCGUCUGAUGGCGUAAUGAAGAGUGCUCCAGUCAGGAAUAUUCACUCAAGUGUUGUCUUUCUAUAGGGAGUGCGCGUAAAGUGGUGAAUUCUUCAUAUUGGAAUAAAACAAAAUCUAACAGGAGUGAAGUAGGACUGUUUACUAUAUCUCUUGAAUAUAUUGUAUAUAUAUAUAUAUAUAUAUAUAUAUUUGUAUAUUCACAGUAAAAAUUACCAUAAUCAUGACAGAAUACGGACUCACAGAAGAGCAAGUUGCAGAAUUCAAGGAAGCCUUCAUGCUAUUUGACAAAGACUCGGAUGGAAGGAUAACGGCGACGGAGCUGGGAAUUGUAAUGAAAUCUCUAGGACAACAACCCACUGAAAAAGAGUUGCGUAAUAUGGUUGAGAUGGUGGACCAAGACGGCAACGGGACAAUCGAAUUUAACGAAUUUCUCUUCAUGAUGUCGAAAAAAAUGAAAGAAUCUGACAGAGAGGAAGAGUUAAGCGAGGCUUUCAAGGUAUUUGACAGAAAUGGGGACGGUUUCAUCAGUUCCUCUGAGCUCAGCCAUGUGAUGUUUAACCUUGGUGAAAAGCUAACGGAAGAUGAUAUAGAAGACAUGAUCAAAGAGGCCGACUUAGAUGGCGAUGGACUAGUGAAUUAUCAAGAAUUUGUGACAAUUCUGACGUCUCCGAAAUAAAGAGUGACAAAGGGCAUCAAUUAAAGAAUGAACUCUUCCAAACAAUAGUGUGUUUUUGUAUAUUUUGAGCAAAGAUGUAAAACAAGAAUGGAAAUGAUCCAAAGGGCUGGAAUUAUUAACGAAGUGGACACUGUUGCGUCAGGAGCUAAAACCUUUGUUUUGUCUUGCUGCUUUGAUAGAAACUUACCCUAUGGAAAGUGCUUGAGCCUUUUGGGUCAAUUCUAUUUUUGUUUCAAGGCGUCCUCGUACUCCAUAGUGCUUUUACCACGUAUAAUUGAACAAGAUUUUUACCGAAUAUUCAGACCCUUCAAGACCCAAUUUUUGUUAUUUGAAAAUUGACAUUUUAAAAUUAUCUAGCCUUUCAGUUUUUUGUGGCAGUGACAUAUAUCUUAUAAAUUUCUAAAGCGUGUUAGCAAGAGGUUUAUAACAUUUUCCAUCAUGUUCACCUAGAUGAACGUGGCUCACACUUAUGAUAAUAUUAUCUCAUUUUAUUAUAUUAUCUUAAAAACAGCAUUUUGCAGGUUAUUUUUAACACAUUGAAAUAUAAUUAAUUUAUGUUUUACUGUUUUUGAUCAACUUUUGAACCAGAUCAUCUUAUACGAAAAUGUAAAUUUUCCAAACAUUUUGAUCUCAGUAUUACUUGUAUUUUACUAAAAACUCUCGACUUCUUGUAGACAUUACAAACUGUCUAACUUUAGAAAACUCAGGUGCAAGAGCUGAAAGUUGAUAAUUAGAUAAAAGCUAAAUUAGAGUUUCCAAAACAUACUACGAGUUCUAAAAUAUUCAAAACAUAUUAUUCAUCGCUGUGCUGCAUAGUUUUUCUACUAAGUGCUGCUACUCGAAUUCAUAAUACUUUCAAUUUCUAAUGGAUUUUAAUUUUCACUUUAAUAUUGUUAUAUAAAUUUGCAUAGGCUCUCAAAAAAUAUAAAUUACAACAAAUUAUUUUCAGUGAAGGAAAAUUUAAUAAUAACAAGUUUGGUAAUGAAGAGGAAACAACUAGCAGUAGGGAAUGAGAUAUUUCAAUCUAGAAAGAGAGUAUUUUAUAUGAGAAAAAUAUUAACAACCUUCCGCAGGUUAUUUUAAAGUGCAUUAACAAGUGAAAGUGAUAGAAACUAAAUGUCUAAUCUUCGAAUAUUCUUUUUAUGAGAUUUAUUUGGAACUUUAACCUAUUUUCGAAAAAUUUUGUUUUUUAUUUUGUGUUUUUGUUACACUUCAUAUAAAGCAAUUAAGUCUGAACGAUUAACACAUUUAUAGAGUCGAGCUAGUAAGUUAUUUCCAAAUAAAAGUAAAUCGUAAUACUUAAAAAAACUUUCUCUUAUAUGUUAUGUUCACCGUUAUCAUGUCAUUUGAAACUUUUAUUAUUGAGAAAUUAAAACAUUGAAUUAUGAAACAGCAACAACAUGUUUUUAAGUAAGACAGCGGUUACUUCGUAGAUCAACCAGUGGUUUCUAUUAUAACCCAGAAAUCCAUAAGAAGACAAUCAGUACUGUUUAAUUAAUUAGUUUCUAUCAUAACCCAGAAAUCAAGAAGAAGAUAAUCAGUACUGUUUAAUUAAUUAGUUUCUAUCAUAACCCAGAAAUCCAGAAGAAGAUAAUCAGUACUGUUUAAUUAAUUAGUUUCUAUCAUAACCCAGAAAUCAAGAAGAAGAUAAUCAGUACUGUUUAAUUAAUUAGUUUCUAUUUUUCUAUUAUAACCCAGAAA